UUCUGCGCAGAACGUAUUGAAGCUCAGAUUUGCGCGUCCGUUCCAGAAUACGACAUGCUGCGCUCGAGCCACCGCGAACGAGCUUGAAUACCGGAAACGUCUUCGACCAUGGCGGAUGAAGAGAGCCCCCUGAUUCAGGCCCUGCCGCCGGUCUCUGAUUAUCUCACUUACCUGACCAUCGUGGAGUACAACCUGAAGACCGAGAAUUUGCCAAUCCUCCACAAAGUCUUGCAAGACGAAACGCUCACGACUAAUAUUGGUUGGGAUCUCGUACACCUUCUUGUGCCUCAUCUACCGGAAUCAGAAACAUGCCUCCAGGACAUCGCCCGUUUGGGCAACCCUCGCGAAGUGAUACUCAAAGUCACAGAGAGCUUGCGCCUGAUUGAGUAUGAUGAUGCAGCACAGAGCAGUGGAGACGAAGAGGAUGCCGAGUCCGACGCCACUGCGGGAGGCAUUCAAGCCGAUGAGUCUACAUAUCCGCUCAAGACUGCACCGACAGAAAGUUCGAACAAAGCUCCAGGAACUACACAGGCUGUAGAGAUCCCACCUUCACUGCCACUUUCCAUCAGCCAAUUUGUGGCGCUGCUAUCGAUGCUGGAGAUCCUUCAUCGCAGAAUCAAGACCAAGUACCCGAGCAGAUUUCUUAGUACGACUCUGCAAGCGAUACUUGCAAGCUUCUCAAAUACCUCCACGCACCGCGAGGAGAUGGUGGAGGCGACUGUCAAGACUGUACGAGCCAUGAGUGGUGUGCAAAGGCCUGCACUACCCUCCAGGAAAAGCAGCGGCAUGCUUGGCGGUAGCUUGAAGCCCAUAGACGACUCUGCCGCUGACCCAGAAGGCUCAAACGAGAGUUCGAGCGCUGAUGAGAAAGACAUGCAAAUGAGGUUGUUCCAGUCCUUCAUCACGCAUAUUCUCGAAGAGUACAUGCUCAACUUCACCUCCUAUGGCAACGUACCCGGCAUGGCCUGGUGUAGCCGCAUAAUGGAAAAGCUGCAUCCCGAGCGCAGUAUCGAGUCAUUUGCGGAUCGUUUUGCGAACGAGGAAGGUCUGCAAAGGCGGAUCGAUGCGAUCGGGCAGCUCGUGACUUUGUCGCAGGAUCUCAACAUUUCCAACGAAGAUCUUCUGAAAGCCGCAAUUGUCGUGGAAAAGAUGCCAGAAACUUUGGGAGAUGAAGAUGAGCCGCCCAAUUCAGCGAGUGACAUUCCACUGUCCAUGCUAGGGUCGCUACUGCUGUACUCCGCUCGCAACGUCUCAACAAUUUUGUACGACAGAUCUCCCUCCUCCGGUCCGCCAUUGGAGAUUUUCAGCACCCACCAAGAGAUCCUUAAGCACUGUCUUUCAUCUGCAGACAAUGGGACCGGUCAUCUUGGAACUGAACCAGAAGCUCUGAUCGAUUCAGUACUUGCACUCGGGCUGGUAUGUCUAGAGCAGAAUGCUGUCGGUGAACCUGCGUCAGACGAGCGAUUCAAUGAGUACUUGCAAGUUACAGCUCUAUUAUCGUCUAACUGCCCAAACCCGAAUUUGAGAGGCCAUGCGCACUACCUCACCAGCACAGUCCUGCGAUCUCAGCCGGAUGACGAUGUUCGCCUCUCGUUCAUCCGAGACACUCUCGAGCACUGCCCUUUCGAGAAUCUGAAAGUCUCCGCUGUUGGAUGGGUCAAAGGCGAGACUGUGGAGGCAAACCCGCAGGGACACUCCCAUGCCGCAAGUGACGGGUCGAAGUCCGUGUUUGCGAAACCUAUUGCGCUGGACAGUCUCGCACCUUUUCUGUUCCCGUCUCUGCAAGCGGACUUGGUCACUGCUCCAGUACAAGACGCGUGGACAACGUUUCAGACGAAUGUCUCGUUCUACCUCGCCAGUCUCAACUUCUUAUAUCUGCUACUGCAGGCGAAACAUAUCCAUGAGCCACUGGCUAUUGGGGACUUGUGGAACGAUGCGGAUAUUGCAGGUAGUUUUCUGCAGCCGCUGAGAGACGCCAAGGCGAGAUUUGUCGAGGAGAUGGAGGGUGGGCAACUGGCGGCGGAGAAGAGCGACAGCGCUGUUGCGGAGUUGACGCUUCUGGAGGAAACAGUCACGAGAGUGACCAGCGCUGUGCGGAAUUUGAGUCUCGGGUGA